CACAGGUUGACAACCGCGCUGAAAGUGAUCCCACCGGUAAAGUUGAGUCUGCGUCUCUGCAUGAUAGUACCUCCGUUCCUAUCACAACAAAGUCUGUAUCGGCCCACGGAGACGAGGUCACAAGGACAACGCACGGCUCUAAUCUGUCCUCGACAAGUGAUUUAAAUGCGGAGUGCGAAGACUUGAAGAAGAGGCGGUGGUUUGCUGAACUGAUUGAGUUCGAGUGGGUCUUCUUUACUGUCAGUUUUGCAGUGGCUUUGAUAAUCGUUGUGGUCAAAGCGACUACUGGGCCUCGAAAUAGACCCGUGAUCCUCAAUGAUACAUCUAUCUGGCUACCCCACGAAGAAGAUACCAUCCCCUACUACGCUGUACUCGUAUUUGGUUUAGUUUUAGGCGGCGGUCUAGCUGCACUGACCGAGUACCUCCAUCAAGGACGAUCUGUUCGUGCGCCGUUUGCAGCAGCUCGCAUGUACCUGUGCUACGUCUGUACGUUUGCGUGGGUGUAUUUCUUCACGGAAACGACAAAGUUGGCCGUUGGAGAGCUUAGGCCGGACUUCAUGUCGAGGUGCUACGAUGGCGUCCCAGAUACGUACGACCCAACCAUCUACUUAGGUGUCGCUGGGAACAGCGCCUGCACGGCCGACGAUCUCGACCAUAUCAACGGCGCACGCUUAUCCUUUCCCAGUGGUCACACAAGUACCGCUAUUGGAUUCGGAAUGUGGCUUAGUGUUCAAUGGCUGCACAUAGCUUGCCAGUGUAAAAAUCGCUGGCUAGAUCAAGUGCUGCUGUCUCUGUCGUUUUUACCCAUGGCCAUCGCAUGGACAGUGGGUUUGUCGCGGAUAUGGGAUAAUAGGCAUCACGCACAUGAUGUAGUUGCAGGGGCUUUGUUAGGUGGCACCAUCACACUCUUGUGCUUCCAGCCUGUGCGUGCAAGGCUGACUGCCGACUUCAACCCUGCACGUGUGUUCAGAAACCCCAGGGGGUUAUCAUAUACGGGCCGUUGGUGUGACAGCAACGUGAAGCACGUGUAAAAGCACGUGUACGGGUUUCUGGGCCACAUCACAGAUUUUUGGCGGUGCUUGAUUUGUGUGGCAAUAAAUUGGAACC